AUGGGGAAAGCCGUGGUUGUAGUUGGCAUGGACGACAGCGAUAUCAGCUACCAUGCUUUGGAAUGGACUUUGCAGCAUCUGAUUCUUUCUGAGAGUGCGAGUGCGUUUGACAACUCUACUUUCAAGCUCGUGAUCGUGCACGCUAGACUUAAUGCGGUGAACGCAAUCGGCAUCGCCGGCGCUACACCUGACCUCGUAAGUGGCGUGGAUACAUAUUUAGAAGAAACAGCAUCCAAAGUAAAGGAGAAAGCUAGGAGAAUUUGCUCAGCUUAUAUGAUACAUACUGAAGAGAUAGAAGUUAAGGAAGGUGAUCCCCGACGCGUUCUCUGUGAGGCUGUGGAGAAGCACAAUGCAUCUAUGUUGGUUGUAGGGAGCCAUGGCCAUGGUGCUCUAAAGAGGAUUUUCUUAGGCAGUGUGAGCGAUUACCUCGUCCACCAUGUGAAAUGCACUGUCAUCAUUGUUAAGCAGUCCGAAAAAAUCAAGCGCUCUGGAUCUACAUCUUCUACUCCGAAGGCAAGUGAAUAA